CAGUUCAUUUCUCUAAUGAACUGGACUCGUAAAUGGAGACCUUGAUGGUCUAGCAAAACAAAUCGGACGUUUUGCACCCAAGUACAGACGAUAAGAAGAUUUUCUCCAGAGAUAAGACAGGGUGUUUAUGCAAGGUUACCCAACAUAUUCACAUUAAAAGCGGCUAGUCUUUUGCCACACAUUUAGCUUUUCCAUUAGUUUGCAAAUAUGAUGAAUAUUAUAACACUCUUCGUGUCAGUCGCUUGUGUCAUACAUGUAAGCCAUGGUGCCCUAUCUCUACGGCCAUACAAUGAGACGGCCUACAGUAUGUUCUUGGCCAAUGACUUUGACGGUAACGGAGUAAUAACCAGACUUGAGCUCGAAUCAAGCUUUGACAAGUACGACGCUAAUGGAGAUGGUAAAGAGUCACGACACGAGUAUACAGAGUUUAUCUGCGCAACCUCCCCAAGUCUUUACCAACUAUCACAUUAUCUAUUCGACGAGUACGACAUGGAUGGGGACCAUCAUCUUGUUAAAACCGAUUACGAUAAUCUCUUUGACACGAUGGACUCAGAUGCUGAUGGAAAUAUAACAGCAGAUGAAUUCAUAAACUACUGGGAAAAGGUAUUCCCAAAGUACGAAAAUGUUGGGCAGCACGGACAGUCACUCUUGCACGGACACUCCGCGUGUCAUUGAAUGUUACAUUCAGAAAUGCAGAAGAUAAGGCCGUUUCUACCAACGAUAAGGCAUAGAUGUCACGCAAGGUUAUCGAACAUGUGCAUUGAUAAGCGGCUAUUUCGUCGCCACAGCUUUGGAGUUAUAUUCAU